AUGGAGCAGACCCGUAUAAUGCGACGCUCGGCAGUCUCGGACGGAAUGGGGACGAUUUGGGAUGACGUCGCGGCCCUGUUGGGAUUCAGUGAACACUUGACAUUCAAUUGGGUUAAUGAAAUUGAUAACGGCGCGGAAAAAGCGGGCGCAAGACAUGUGUCACCCGGGGGCCGGCGCAUGGUGCUAUUAAUUGAGCGCGGCCUUGCCCUCGGCGCGGGCUGCCGAAUCGGCCAAGGUCUCCUCGUUCGCCAGUUGCCAAAAGAGCGCAGACGUAUUACGAAUAGAAAC